GGCCGACGUGUGCGCCGCGCUGCGCAAGGGCUUCAUCGCCUGCCACCGCGCCAUGUGGAAGAAGCUGCCAGAGUGGCCGAAGACCAUGACAGGCCUCCCAAGCACAUCAGGAACGACUGCCAGCGUGGUCAUUAUCCGCGGCUCAAAGAUGUACGUUGCUCACGUUGGCGACUCCGGAGUGGUGCUGGGAGUCCAGGACGACCCCAAAGAUGACUUUGUGAGAGCUGUGGAGGUGACGCAGGACCACAAGCCUGAACUUCCCAAAGAAAGAGAGAGAAUUGAAGGCCUUGGCGGCAGUGUGAUCAACAAGUCUGGCGUGAACCGGGUCGUUUGGAAGAGGCCUCGUCUGACCCACAACGGCCCCGUGCGCCGCAGCACCGUCAUCGACCAGAUCCCGUUCCUGGCAGGGACUGCCAGAAAUGUGCUUGGUGACCUGUGGAGCUACGAUUUUUACAGUGGUGAAUUUGUGGUGUCCCCUGAGCCUGACACUAGCGUGCACACGAUUGAUCCCCAGAAGCACAAGUACAUUAUCCUGGGCAGUGACGGGCUGUGGAACAUGAUCCCACCUCAAGAUGCUAUAUCCAUGUGCCAGGAUCACGAGGAGAAAAAGUACUUCAUGGGAGAGCACCGACAGUCUUGUGCCAAAAUGCUGGUGAACAGGGCGCUGGGCCGGUGGCGGCAGCGCAUGCUCCGUGCGGAUAACACUAGUGCCAUCGUCAUCUGCAUCUCGCCGUUGCAGGACAGCAAGAGCAACCUGGAGAACGAAGAGGAAUUGUACCUCAAUCUGUCAGAGAGCCCCUGCUACAGCAGUCCUGAUACGAGCAUGGCGACAGCCUCCCGCUGCUCUACCCCGCCUGCCAAGCUUUUAGAGGAUGAUCCAUGGCCACGACCGAACGCUUCUGAGUCUGUUCCUUCCCUCACCCAUAGUAACAUGAUCUCAGAAAAAUAUUUAGAGCUGCCGAGCGAGAUUGCCAAAAGCAACGUGUCUCCAGCAGGAGCAACCUUCAAGGAUUCCAGCCCGCAGGAGGAGAAGGGCGGCAAGGCUUUGGCUUUGAGGCUACACGAAUCCUACACUAACGGUUUGUCAGUUAGUUUCUCCCCUUCCAACUCCGCAAAUUCAGGCACGGACCAAAAACCCUUCAAGGUGUCUCCUGGUGGCCAAACAAAAGCCCAAGACGCCGAGCGGACACCCACGGCAAACUUCAAAAGGACAUGGGAAGAAUCCAACUGCGGCCCGGCCGCCAAGAAGCCGCGGCGCAGCGUGGGCCGCAGCGCGAGCGCGCACUGCCUGAGCGGAUGA